GAUGAACAUCACAACGCACUUAAAACACGCAUUUAACGUGUCAACCAUUUAAGGCAAUAGAGCGAACCCUGUGGAAACUAAGAAGAUGAAACUACAAGUUGCUUAUACAUACUCUACAGUCAACCUGAAGAAUAGAAGAGUGAACGCGAUGUGUUAAAAUCAAAAUACCCCACUUGAAAGUGAGUGACCUCGAUAGCUUUAAAUAACUCAUCUUCAGAACAACGUAGAAGAGGAACGUCGAUUAAUUACCCGUCUUGAAUUAUUGGACGAGAAUCACUAACUAUAAAUAAAGCCCCAGAACUCUUUUGGCGACGAUGGGCCGGAAAGCUGAAAGCGUUAUCAGUGUUUGACGUCAUCGAGCUUACAUAACAAACGACGCACGCGAUAGACAUAAGAAGGUCCUAUAGCACUAAUUUCACUGUCAGAACAGAAGCAGCUGUAUAAAUCGACACCGAGGCAAUUGAGUAUCUUUAAUUUGCGGCUAAAAGAUGGGAGGAACAAAUUCAAAGAAAUUAAAAGUGUUACCCGGUUUCACAAAAAAAUCAAUUGUUGGAAGCAGAGAAGAACUUGCCGACUGGGAAAAUAUGGGAUUUAAACUUUACCGAGAAAGACUGGGAGAUGAGUUAUAUUUCAAGAAAAUGAAAGAGGCCGACGAGCCUCCACCUGAACCCGGGCCCCUCAGUGCAUCACAAAUGGCUCGAUACGUAAAAAAGUACAAGACCCGUUUCGCCUUAAAAACUCUUAUUACUCGUCAACGUGGGACCCACGCUAAAGGUGUUGGAGCCAUAGGGACAGCAACAGUGGUAGACAAUCCACUUCUUCCCGAACACGAAUUCUUCAAAGUAGGGCACGUAUUCCCAGUCCGCCUCCGCCACUCCAAUCUUGUGCGUACGGAUGACACUCAAUUGGAUGUAAGGGCGGUGUCUCUGAAGUUUGCUGACGAUGACUUCGACUCGCCGUUUGAUUUAAUGAUGCAUACGGGCGAAGAGGCUGCUUUUUGGAACAUUGUUAGCUUUGAUAGAAUGUUAACAGGAUUGUCUGGGGGUCCAAAGGCAUUCAAAGCUUUCUGCUUGGAGGACCCGUGGCACUUCCACUUAGCCAUAGCAGUUUUCCGACGAGCUCCUGAUUCAUUUACUGACCAGCGGUAUUACUCAUGGAUGGCGUUUGAGUACAAAGCGAAAGAUGGUGUACCACGUUACGCAAAAUUUCGCCUCGUUCCCGCUGAUGGCAGGGAAGAGACUGGUUUGAUGACAGAAUACGACCAAAGGAAACCAUGGGUGGCUGCCAGAUGGGAAGACGAAAAGCGACCCGAGAGUUACUUAGUCCCAGAAUUCAUGAAUCAGAUUGCUAAAGGGGAAGUAAAUUACAAGCUUCAAAUACAACUGCACGAAAUAAAACCGGAUGAUUCACAUCUAAUUUUGCACGCUGCCAGAGCGUGGGAUGGAAAAACACAUCCCUGGUUGGACCUUGCUGAUGUCACUCUUACGUCAUUGUUGCCAAUACAGAUAGCAGAGCGCACUCGUUAUUCAUUGGAGCAUCGUCCCCUAUCGCUUGGCAUUCCUCCUGCUAACACAAUUUACGACUUCAAUUCCAUUGCUUAUUUGGGGUCUAAAAUUUAUCCCACAUCGAACAUGAUGAGUUCAAGCAAGCCUCGUAAAAAAGUAUCGAGAGAACAGUUGCUAUCCGAAAUGAGUUAUUGUAUCAAGGUGAAAACUGGAAACCGUAAGGGAGCAGGAACUGACGCGAAAGUUAAUCUGACUAUUACAGGGACUAAGGGAAGAACACAACCAGUUACUUUGGAAAAAUGGUAUCGCAAUAACUUUCAGAAAGGACAGGAAGAUACAUAUGUCAUCAAUGCAGAGGAUGUUGGCGAGCCUCUGAUCAUAAAACUGGAGAAUAACGAGGGUGUCGGGUUCCACCGCUCCAGUGAUUGGUUCGUUGACAAGGUUGAGAUCAGUUGCAGCUCAAACAAUCAAACAGUUUACGAAUUUCCUUGCUACGGAUGGGUACAACAAGAGGCAGUUUUCUUUGAAGGGAAAGCAAAGUUGAUAACAGAUGAACAACAUGAGGUACUGAAAAAGCAACGACGCUUAGAGGUUCAAAAGCGGUUAGAAAUCUACCAGUGGGGAGAUGAUCCCAAUUUUGACGGAUUUCCAGGAUUUAUUAAAUCCGAGAGCGUGAGGACACUUCCAAAAGACGUACGAUUUACAGAAGAAGCAAUCGAUGAUCUUUACCAGGCCAAGCGAAAAGCGUUAAUCAACCUAGGGCUGGUCAAAUUGCUGAACAUGCUUGAGUCUUGGGAAGAUUUUCACGAUUACAAGAAGGCGUUCGUCUCUUUUGUUGGAGAGGUCCCUCUGGCCUCUAAGCGCUGGCAGGAUGACCGUUUCUAUGGAGCACAGUUCCUGAAUGGAUGCAAUCCCGACACGAUCAAACGAUGCUCAAAGGUUCCCUCCAACUUUCCCGUGACACAGGAAUUGGUUGGCAAUCUCCUGGAUGAAGGUGAUACACUGAAAAAGGCAAUAAAGGAUGGCCGUGUGUACAUGGUAGAUUAUGAGAUUCUUGAUGACAUUCCACAUUAUGGCCAGAACGAUAUGAACCUAGAAAGGCGCUACACGUCUGCAUCUUUAGGCUUGUUCUAUGUUAGAGGCAGUGGUGACGUAGUACCUAUAGCAAUUCAGUUCCAUCAAGAGCCAAGCGAGACCAACCCGAUCUGGACCCCAAAUGACUCUGAGCUGGACUGGACCUACGCCAAAAUGUGGCUUCGCAAUGCUGACUCACAGUGGCAUCAAGUCAUAUAGCUCUUAUGAAGAAGUAUUACAAAACCUUAAGCUGGUCAUCGUAUGACCUUCCCAAAGUGUUAAAAGAAAGAGGGGUUCUUGAUGCAAAUAAGCUGCCUGGCUUUUAUUAUCGAGACGACGCCUUACGACUGUGGCAGGCCAUCAGCGAUUUCGCAAAGGACAUUCUAUCAAUUUACUACCAUUCUGAUGAUGACAUUCAAAAGGACACAGAGCUCCAAGCGUGGACUCUGGAUCUCCACAACAAUGGCUAUCCUGUCCGAGACGGAGAAAACUGUCAUGGCUUCCCGUCAUCAGUAAAAAGCAUCCAAGAGCUGACACAUCUUCUGACCAUAAUAAUCUUCACGUGCUCGUGUCAACACGCGGCUGUGAACUUUUCACAAAUGGACACUUUUGGUUUCCCGCCAAAUGCUCCCGCUCUGAUGCGACAACCGCCUCCCACAAAGAAGGGAGCUGUGAGCAUAAAAGACGUCAUGAAAUGUUUACCAACCAAGCAUCAGGCAGGAGUAACCAUAGCAACAGUGUAUGAUUUGACACGUAUCUUUCCAGACGAGCGUUUCCUUGGUGACUACACAGACGGCCUAUUCACUGACAACGCUGCUUUAGAGGCCAUUCUACGCUUUCAAGGAAAGCUCAACGAGAUCUCCAGCGAAAUAAAGGAACGAAAUAAGCAGCUAGAGGUUCCUUACGAAUAUCUGCUACCAGAGAGAACACCGAACAGUAUAGCCAUAUAGAAAACUCACAGAAGAGAACAGAAAAGACAGGGCACGCGUCGAAAGAACGACUACCUACAUCAAGGAAGAACGCAUACUAAAAUGUAGUUAUCAUUCAAGGGUUAAUCUACAUUUAUAUCCAUAGCCAGAUAGGGACAUAUGACACAAAGUUUACACUUCUUUUAUUAUAGAAAAUUCAAAUGUAAAACAACGGAUAAGCUUAGUGAAAGAAUAUUAGGCAGUCUUUUUGGUGAUUUUAGUGACAUUGUCUACUGCCCUUUUUGGUUAUUUUCAUCAUUUCAUCAGUAUUUGUAAAAUACUCUAUAUCGUUUAGGCAAUUAUUUUAAGGAUCAUAAUACACCAAAGAACCCAAGUAUAACCAUUCCAAAUCAAACUGAUCAUAGUAAUUAGGCAUCAUCGUUUGUCUCACAAUUUUAUCACUUCUAAAUCAGAUUGCAACGCUUUAAGUGUCCCUUUCUGAGAAAGUGUUCCAGGAGCCAAAAGUGGUGGUCAACCAAUUUGGCUAAAACUUGGCACAAAAGUUGAUUGUGA